AUGAGGGCAUCACCACCACCACCACCACCACCGUCUUCCAACCCUUCCGGCGAUCCUAGCCGUGAUACUCCCGCUCAUGCUCCCGAUAGGCCAGAGGAAGCUAUUCACGGGCGUAAGACACCGCGGGCGUGGACACUGCUGGCUAUCUGGUACUGUGCACCUCAUUCCUGGCCCCCUUCACUUGCCGACUUUAUCCUACUCUAUUGUCUUGGAACAUUCAAAGCCGAGUGCUAA